GGGCGGUGGGAGCCAGGCGGCGGCCGCGGCGGCAGCAGGAUACUGACUUCAGAGGAUAACAGCUGUUUCCCCAGGGUUGUCCCUAAGUAUUGCAGGUGGUGCUGUAUGCUGUACUAGUUCAGUUCCGGCUUUGACGCAUCUUCUGCGCCAGUCCUUGUUUUAGGCGCUGCAAAAUAAACUGUGGUAUUUGGGGACCAUGGCUACAGAUCCACUCUCGGAGCUUCAGGAUGACCUGAACUUGGAUGAUACCAACCAGUCCCUCAGCCAGCUCAAACUGACCUCCAUAGAUUAUAAGAACUGGCCAGCAGAUGAAGCCCCUGAUUUUCCCAAAUCAGACGACUCCAAAGGCUCCCCUGAGCCCGUCACUCACCUGCAAUGGGAUGAUCCCUACUAUGAUAUUGCCAGGCACCACAUUGUGGAAGUAGCAGGUGAUGACAAAUAUGGAAGAAAAGUAGUUUUGUUCAGUGCCUGCCGGAUGCCCCCAAGUCAUCAGCUAGAUCACGUGAAACUGCUGGGGUACCUGAAAUUCACACUGGACCAGUAUGUGGAGAGUGAUUACACACUGGUGUACCUGCACCAUGGCCUGACCAGUGAGAACAAGCCAUCCCUGAGCUGGCUGCGGGAUGCCUACAGGGAAUUUGAUCGCAAGUACAAGAAGAACAUCAAAGCCUUGUAUAUUGUGCACCCAACCAUGUUCAUCAAGACCCUGCUGAUUCUCUUUAAGCCUCUGAUCAGCUUUAAAUUUGGACGAAAGAUUUUUUAUGUGAAUUACCUUAGUGAGCUGGAGGAGUAUGUGAAGCUGGAACAGUUGGGAAUCCCAAGCCAAGUGCUGAAAUAUGAUGAAUACCUGAGAUCCCUGCAGAAACCUUUACAAGUGCCCCAGAAGCCAACACCCCCACGCCCACCGCUGCCAAACCAGCAGUUUGGAGUCUCGCUCCAGCAUUCAGACUUCCUACAAAACUUUAAUCAUUUUCCUGAGGAACUCCAUGCUCAUGUCCAGAUCCUGACUGACUCAGUUCAAUUCCACUCGCUUGAUCCUCAGGUUAGAUUGUUUCUGCAGCUAAGGGUCACUAAGGGAAGAGCAAAAUAAGGGCCAUGGGGACAGCUUUAUGGCACUAGAAACUUCCUUUUAAGCAUAGCAAGUCUGUAGGAGGCUGAUGGAGGUGUGUUUAGGACUGUGCUGUUUUGAUUGAGCAGUACUGCAGAUCUGUUUCUUAAUUUUUUUCCAUAUCUAUUUUAAAAGCACUUCUAUUCACCCUUGUACUGAAUCCCACUCCCAAUUCCUGCACGGUGACACAGGCAAACACAGACACUGGCAAGGGCUAGUGAUACUGAGUAAGUGUUGAAGGUAUUUUUAACUUUGAGUGUGAUUUUGCCUCCCCGAGGAAUGAGGAGGAGCCAGUACUGUGUAGCCAGACAGAACCUCCGAGGCAAUCUGGGAACACAUUCCCCAGCUUCAAUACAUUUCCAAAUGGUCUUUCCCAUGGUGCUGUGUGCCUGAGCUUGUUAGUAGCCUCAGAAGGGGGAACAGCUCCAUGCUAUUGAGUGGCCUGGACAAUCGAAUGUAAGGGUGGCAGUGAACACCUUGGCAUCACUAGGUUUUCCCUGACAGCCAUCAUGUUGAUAAAUCUCCUGUCACAGGAGUAGGGUGGCUAAAGUUAUUUCUCUCAUGUCACCUGCUUUCUGCCCUUGCUCCUAUGGGGAAAGAAAAAAGAAGCUUAACCCUUUUCACCUGAUUCGUAACUAGCAGCCUUACCUUCUGGGAAACCCUCUGCCCUGGCACCUAGAGGCUAUAAUUUUUACAGGAGAUAGAAAAAUGUUCCUGUGGUCUAGUAAUGAGCUCAUACUUCCUCCAUUGAAUGAUGUAGCAUGAUGGGUGAAGAGGAUAGAAGGCUGAAUAAUGGCUGAACCAAGGACUGGGAUAGCAAGAUCCUAUGUGGUACAGCUUGUGUGGGCAACUUCAAGACUCGGGGGCUGCAUGCAGGGUGCGGAGGACCAGUCAUAUGUAACCUUUUGUCUCUUGCCACAGUCUCAGGGAGAAGAGCCCUGAUCAGUCUCCUAUUCCU